AAGUGAGAUAUCAGUGUAUGUAGCUGGAAACGGCAUGGAUCUGAAUUAUACAAAUCGGUCGUGAAAAAGGGGAAAAAAAAAAGAAGCAAAAGGAAAAGAAUUCAUCAAAUCGGCACUGUAACUUACGACAAAUAGCGACAUGGCAACUCCGACCAUCCUGCCUCACGCUUCGCCAUUUAGUUAUAUCAAAAAUAUACGCGGUACAAAAUGAGAUGCGAAAAAGAAGAAAACCACCAUGCAAGACCGAAAGGAAGGAGAAUCAAGGAAACGCAACUAGAGAAGGGGAACCGGGGAAAUGGGUAAACUUGCAAGCAAUCAAGAGAGAGAGAGAGAGAGAGAGAGACAUGAAUACAUCGUAAUCAUCCAAAUCGUCAAAUCUUCUUUAGAUGGAGAGACGAAAGAUAACCGUGCGGGAGAAUGGUGCAAACCUAACACCAUCCCAACCCCAUCCAAUCCUAUUCCUAUACUUUCAUAUGCCAUUUUUCUGUCACUUAAUUUCAUCGCAUCGUCAAACGCGGAAAACCCCCAACACCAAGGCGGACAUGAAUCAACCACAGCUAAUCUAUUUAUCUAAAACCGUCUGCUGCAUGCAAUGUGAUGUGGCUGAGGGCGGUCGACCAAGUGGAAGCCGACCCGAACACAUAUGCAAUUCAAGGGAAAAGAGAGGAGGAGGGAAAGAAAAGAGAGCAUAAGCCACGUAGAGAGAAUGAGUGCACGCUGAAUCCAAUAUAUAGAAAAUAGAAAUUGGAUCACUGCAAUAUUAUUGCUCUUUCUCAGAAGAGUACCCCUAUGACAGUUCUAGGAGAAGUGAGCAAGAUAGUCGAGAUACCUCGGGAGAAGGCGGGUGAUAACUGUUCAUGAAAGGGGGAAAAAAAAAGAAUCAGAGUGAAGCGGCUGGAGCAUGGGGAUUAUUUCGCAGCCAGAAGC